AUGGGGAGGUUCCCUUGUGAGAAGGCGAGUCAUGCUAUUGUCAAGGAGAGGAUUUGCUAUACAAAACUAAGGUUAGAUGCUAUUUCAGCAGAACUUUACCAGUUACAUCUGAAGGUUGCAAGGUAUCUUUCUCCUGUAUCGUGGGACUGGGUUGAUGGAGUGACUUCGGCCAAGUUCGAGUGGAUCCACAAUGAUGCUAAUUGUCGGCAGACAUCAAAAAUUGAUCGACUGUUGCCACAGAAGCCGUCGCCAGAAGGGAUAAUGGGAACUCGGACGGAGCCGCUGCCGGAGUCCACUGCCGGCAACCCACUCGCGGAAGACGAACGGGAGGCAGCAGGUGACAGUGUUCCGAAGGCUGGACACGUUGUGGUGGAACAGCAGUCUGCUUCGACAGUAGCAGGCAGCAGGGGUCCCCACGACUGUGACCCGCAGAAAACAGACGGGGAAGGCUCCGCGUGGCGCGCACGCAGGCGGAAACAGUUUUCGCCCAAGAAGCGGGCCCCCCUGGCCGAAUACGUUCUGCCGCAGUUCUACGAAGAAUGGACUGCUCUGCCAGAAACUAGCAGCGGGAGUCCCCACAAGUCGCCUGACUCUAAGAAAGCAGGGAAUGAUAGCAGUGUGGGACGCACGCGCAGGCGGAAGCAGCAGCAGCCCAAGAAGUGGGUCUCCCUGGCUAGGCUCAGGCAGCACCAGCACCAACAGCAACACCAUGACCAGCAUGUGUGCUGUCUGCAUGGCCCCGGCUGCUCCUCUCAGGCAGGGGCAGAGUCACAGCUGCCAGGCACUUCCAGCACACUCCCAGGGGACCCCAGAGAGAGGAGCUACACAGAAAUGUAUUGCUCCAAGAAGAUGGGAAAGAGGCGUUACAAACGCCACACAUCCAGGAAGAGACUGCGGAUUUCGUUAAAUAGUUUAAUUGCUGAACAAAGUCAGUCAGAAUCGUCUGCGACUCCUGUGUCGCCGGAGGACGAAACAGGACAGACGUCUGAUUCACAGGAAGUGCCGCUGGUGGGGCGUCGCUCAAGGCGCGAUGUCGCCACAGUGGGCGUGGCACAACGGGACACUGCGCAUGCGCGCCAGCGCGCGGCAGUGGCAGGGCCUGCCGCCGGGGGUUCCCCGCGGGUAAGGCUGCAGGCCGUGGCUGGCAGGUCACAGGAAGCUGACCUCCCGGAGCAGCUGGUGCCGGAAGUGGACAGCCCGCCAGAAAGUGGCCCCGUGGAGCACACCCCAAGCCACCUGGUUGACGACCAGCAGCUGCCCCAGCUGUCCCGCUGCGACCCCGCCCACUUCUCCAGUGAGCUAGCAACCAGACGGCACCACAGCCGCGAGCAGACCCGGUGGCAAGAGCGGCUGCCGCUCUCACCAGAUCCACUGCCGUCGCCAUUCUUACCUAAUCUCUUUGAGAUCACUUUCGAUUUAUCACCACUGCUGGAGAGGAGGCAACCGACAGCCAGGCAGGAGGUGGGCGACGUGGCAGAGCAGGUGCAGCUGCUCCAGAACCCACCAGCAGCGCGCCUGGCGCCGCCAUUUGCACGACAAGUUCCGGUGGCGCCAUUAGAACCACCGCCACCUCCACCACCUGCGAACAGAGCUGCAGCGCGCAAACACAGCGACGCGCCGGGGCAGUCUGGCUACAGAAGCCCAGGAUUGACGCAGGCCUCCCCUCCGGGUAUGCAGAUGUUCGUCGAGCGCUCACUGCGGCAGAUCUUUGGAAUAGAGGAGCGCGGCACAGGUCUUGUUGGCGGCCAUGGCCGCGGUGCUCCACCCCUCACGCGUGGCUUGACCUUCGCGGCAGGCAAGAUAACCAGGGAAGCGUGGGGGUCGCGGCCCGUGCAGGGCUUCUUCGAUCCCGAGAUGUUGGCUGACGCUCUGGAGCCGUCCGGAGGAGGAGGAGCAGCAGCAGCAGCAGCAGCAGCAGCUGCUGGCCGCUCACCAGGCGCCGCCGUCUCCGGCAGCAGCUCAUCGCCCUCUGCUCGGGAGCAGAGGACGCCCUGGCCAGCCCCAAUCCGGCCCGGCGGCUCUCUUUUUCCUCUGCGGUGGUACUUCGACCCCGAGGCGCUGGCGGACGCUCUCAAGCCGUCGGACCAGACCAGAGGAGCCGCUAGCCACCCACCAGGGGACGCGUCCUCCCUGGCAAACAGGGAAGCGUGGGGGUCGCGGCCCGUGCAGGGCUACUUCGACCCCGAGAUGCUGGCUGAAGCUCUGGCGCCGUCCGGAGGAGGAACAGCAGCAGCAGCAGCAGCAGCAGCAGCAGCAGCUGCUGCUGGCCGCUCACCAGGCGCCCCCGUCUCCGGCAGCAGCUCAUCGCCCUCUGCUCGGUGCCCUGCAGUGGACAUUGAGAGUUCAAAUGAAGGCUUCCAAGAAGGCUUCCAAGAAGGCUUCCAAGAAGGCUUCCAAGAAGGCUUCCAAGAAGGCUUCCAAGAAGGCUUCCAAGAAGGCUUCCAAGAAGGCUUCCAAGAAGGCUUCCAAGAAGGCUUCCAAGAAGGCUUCCAAGAAGGCUUCCAAGAAGGCUUCCAAGAAGGCUUCCAAGGCGGCUUCCAAGGCGGCUUCCAAGGCGGCUUCCAAGGCGGCUUCCAAGGCGGCUUCCAAGGCGGCUUCCAAGGCGGCUUCCAAGGCGGCUUCCAAGGCGGCUUCCAAGGCGGCUUCCAAGGCGGCUUCCAAGGCGGCUUCCAAGAAGGCUUCCAAGCCUUGCCCGGCGGCUCUCUUUUUCCUCUGCGGUGGUACUUCGACCCCGAGGCGCUGGCGGACGCUCUCAAGCCGUCGGACCAGACCAGAGGAGCCGCCAGCUACCCACCAGCGGACGCGUCCUCCCCGGCAAACAGGGAGCAGCGGGAGGCGCCGCCCCAGCUGGGGUUCCUGGACCCCGCCGCCUUGGCAGACGCCCUCGCGCAGUCUCCAGAGUCCGGAGAAUCUGGAGAGUCUGGAGGCUCCAGCAGACGGACAACAGGCGCCGGCGGUGGCCCACCUGCCCGUCGUGCCGUGUAA